GACAACGGUAACUUUAAUUCUGACAAGUUACAGCAGUAGAAAUAUUAACGCAAUUUGCAUUAGGACAGUAGAAACAGUAGAGACGUUUUGUUUUUCCUUGAAGGAUCGGUGUCUUGCUUGGUAACAUCAGUGACUCCCGAAAAGCCAUAAAUGAUAGUAAAACCAAUUCAUAUCUAACGUUACCAGGUUUUACACGAAAAUGAAUCAAGCAAAAGCAGCUAAAGAAAGGGUUUGCUCGUCGAUAACACAAAAGAAGCCCUUAAAGGAAAAUAAAAGGAUAACCUCUGGAAACAGGAGAAAGGCCACAGAUGUGAGAGUGUUGGCAGAGAGGAACCCGGCCGUGGCACCUGUAGGUGUUUGGGUAGAGAGCGGAGAUGAGAGUCUGGAGCACCCCGCGGUCCGGGCUUUGCUCACAGAAGAGUUUCUGGAGGAGACUCGACGAGAGAAAGAGGAGAGUCUGCGCCGAUUUCAGGAUGCAGUUCGUGAACGUGUGUCGCAGCAGGCCUGUCUGCGCAAACAACAGCAGCUACUGAAAUCAUAUGAGACAGUUGAGUGUGAGAGCAAAGUAUCGCAACUAACCAGCAAAGCAGCCCCUCGUCUUACACCUCAAACCAAUUUAUUCCCUUCCUGGACACAUGGGGAGCGAGCAAUCUGCAGUCCCAGCUCUUGCAGUGUCAGCGCUCGGGGGACGGAGGCUGUUUCUUCACAUCACCAUACACAUAAUAUACGGGUCAGUAAAGUCAGGAAGCAGGUGAGACACAGACUAGCCGCUCGUCAGACAGUACAAGAGGGUGAUGAACUCUCACAGCUACCUGGUGGGAGCUGGAAACUAUCCCCAGCUAGAGAUAAACCUGAAUCACACACUGGGGGAGAUCAGAAGGAUACUGAAGGUACAAAUUAUGGAGGAGAGGAAUACGAGCAGGAUGUUGAAGUGGAAGAUGAGAUGCUGUUGGGGCAACAUGAUCAACCUCUUGAUUUGCAUCGCCACAGAAGCAAGACUGUAACUUUUCAGAACGAAAUGGUAUAUGAGCCAGACGAGCCAGACACUGUUUCCUUCACAACUGACUACAGAGCUUCCCAAGUGCUUUGGCCUCAUGACCAUCAGGAGGAGCUGAAGAGGCAGAGGCAGUCUCAGUUCCUCAUGUAUCGACGGCACUUCAUGGACACUGAGCGAGAGCAAGUGAAGGAGCACCGAAGGCACAGGAAACAUCUGAAGAGAACUGCGAGCAUUAAGAAUGAAAAAGAGCAACUCAGGAAAGCGGAGGAGAAGAAGAUGGAGAGGCAGCGACAGCAGGAGGAAGAAAGAAAAGACAUGGCUGAGAGGGAGUAUUUGAUUUUGGAGCGAUUGAGGCUUGAUGAGGAGGAGGCAGCAGAGAAGGUAGAGAGACGAGAGAAAACAAAGAGCAUCAGAGAAAGCAAACGGUACAUUGAGGCCAUGCAGGCUCUAAUGAAAAAGAAGCUGGAGAAGGAUCAUGUUGAACUCCCUCCUCUGUGCUGCUGUGGAGACACUUUCUGGGACAGCCAUCCUGAUACCUGCGCCAACAACUGCAUCUUCUACAGCAAUCCUAAAGUUUAUGCUCAGGCUCUGCAGUCUGUCUUGCUAAGCUGUGAUCUGAAGGAAGGAGGCUUUGGACAGUAUGCGUCCACCUGGAAGGCAUCCUCUAUGGAUGUUCAUUCUCAAAGGAAGUGAUUGCAGUCCAUCUUUAGAGUCAUUAUUGAACAUGUUUUAAGAUUGGACAGCCUGAAGUGUAAUGUUGAAAUAACGUAAUGAUUCCAUGGUGUGAUAUUUUUUUAUUGUACUCAUAAAUGGUUUUAAAAUACCUGACAUAUCUAAAUGUAACCAGCAUUUUUACUGUUUUAAUAAACCUUACUGA